CCAAGAACACAGGCGAGGGUAGAGGUGUGUUAUCCUGCGCCUUAAGUCCUCGACUCCAAGCUAAGACAAAAAAUUGUGUAUUCGUAGCGGAAAGUGAAGAAAAAUGACGCAGAGGAUAUGCAUAGUGGUGGUGGUGGCUGUCAUCCAACAGAAUUUUGUAGCCGAAGGUCAAGACUGGCACCUACUUGAUGCAGCCAUGGCAGCUAUCAAGAACAAUAACAAUUUCAAGCUAAGCAAUCUUUUCUUGCGAGGACUGAAACCCAACACCGAGAGAUCAGGAAAGCUGCUACUUGUGGAGGCCAUUGUCCUGGGACGUGAUAAGAUUGUGGAUUUGUUGCUUAAAAAUUGUGCUGACCCUGAAAAAACUGACAAACUAGGAAGAAGUGCCUCUACAUUGGUUCAAAAGCCUGAAUACGCUUAUCUAAAGGCAAAAUUUCAAGAUGUCUACUCUCAAUGUCAUUGCCAAAGUGCAUCAGAGGAGUUCUUGGACCCAGAAGGAUACAUUGACACAGCCUACUUAAAGCUUGGAAAACUUGGUGAAGAAGUGAAGAUAAACUGUUCACUUAAAGACAGCAGCAGCUCCACCUGGGUCUGUACCAGGGGUGGUAACUGGGUAUUGGUCAGUGGCUGUGAAAAGAAGAAUGUUUCUGUAACUGAAUCCACCUAUAGCCAUACAACUGAAACCUCUUUAAGUCGUGAUGAUGGAUUGGCUGUUACCUUAAGUCCUGAUAAUCAGUUAUUGGUGUGCAUUAAGGAAUCCAAGUGUAUCACUAAUUUAAUUUUAAUUGAAACAUGCAUGAGGUGCUACGAGUUAAAACAACACGCCACCAGGGUCAACAACUGCAGACAACUUUGCUAUGACGUAGCAAAACAAUGUUCUGGGCCCUGGAAUGAUUGCAAAGACAAACACUACCGUCUAGAUAAACUUUUUGAAGCCAUCGAGACUAACAACAUAUCCGCUGUCAGAGAUCUCCUGGAGGAGGGGGUUAACAUCAACAACAUCAUCAAGGGUAUGACUCCUCUCGUGCUGGCAGUAAAGCUGAACCAGAUUGCCUUAGUGAACCUUCUCCUCACACGCUGCCCGGACCGUUCUCUCAGUGUCACCACAGGAAUGAAUGCCACAACAAUUGCUCAAAAUGAAGAAUACACAAACUUGACAGAUAUACUUGAAGAUCAAUCUUGGUGUCAGUAUUGCCCACCAGAGGAAAGAUUGAGGUGUGUGGAACAGGUGCCUUUGAAGCUGAAAGACAAGAGUAAAUUGGUUAAUAUUACUGAGGAACUGGAUGAUUUAGAGAGCGAGUUUGUGAAUGAUUUCGAAGCAGCUGGGAGCGUUGAGAAGAGACAAACAAUAGCAGAGACAUACAUGAAGACUGUCUUAGAGGUAGUGGACAGGUCAGAGCCAGAGACAUGGGUUAAGGUUGACGAGGAGACAUGUGCCAAUACUUCCACCAAGCUACAGAAGAGUGUUACUAGAGCUGCUCUCGCUAUUGCCUCCACCCUACAGAACUCCACUAUCACCAUUCCUUCAUCAUCUACAUAUACAACAAUAUCACGGCAAGAUCCUAGUUAUUUCACACCCGAGAAUCGCACAUAUCGACAUCAGAACUCACCAAAUACGGUUAUUGAACUGCCAGAGAACUUCUACGAAAACUACAUAGACGAAGAUGGCCUUCUUACUGUCAUUUUCUAUUCCUACAAUGACCUCCACUGCGCUACUAAUUCCAUUCCCUGUAACCCCAAUGUAACUGUGCCCUCCCGUGUGUCGAAGGCGAAUCAGGUCAACAGCGUGAUAAUUGGUGCCACAGUGACAGAGAGUGGUGCUUGGACGGCAGUCGACGGAGAGGGUGUAAGAAUCCACUUUGAUCAUAUCUACAAGAACGACGACUCAUACAACCUUGGAAAAGCAAGUUGUGUGUGGUGGAAUGAAGACACUAAUAGGUGGUCCAAUGAGAGAUGUUCACUCAUAUCCCAAACAGAGAACUACACCAUAUGCACCUGUGACCACCUGACUAAUUUAGCUGUUAUUAUGGAUAUUCAUGGUGUGUUGGACGAAAAUAUUCAGGAAAUCCUUAGGUGGUGGACCAUCAUAGGCUGCAGUUUAUCCAUGUUGUGUCUGACAAUGUGUAUUACGUGUUUGUCUCUGGCAGUGAAGGCAAUUAAGAACCAAAGUGGAAGUUGUAUCAUCUCGAUCCACCGUCACCUGUGUGUGUGUCUACUGGUGGCCGAGCUGGUACUCCUGUCGGGGCUGGACGCUACUCAUGACACCAUCGGUUGCAUAGUAGUGGCCGCCCUCCUCCACUACUUCUUCCUUGCCACCUUCACCUGGUCUGCCAUCGAAGGUGUCAACUUGUACCUCAUGCUUGGCGCAAUUUUCCGAACGUUUGAACCGGUGAAGUACUUCUGGUGUGUUGGCUAUGGCUUCCCCCUCCUGUUUGUGGGCAUCACGCUUAUAGCAACACAGACACAUGGCUAUGGUACUGAGAGAGCGUGUUGGCUGGAACCUAAAGGGUUGAUCUGGACCUUCGCAGGACCUGUGGCUAUCAUAAUGCUAGUGAACCUGACAUUCUUCAUGUUCGCUAUGAGGGUGGCAUGUGGGAAGCGUCAGAUCGGGAAUUCAUCUAUCAAGAACAGUCGUGUGAAACUCAAAGGCUCCUUCGCCCUUAUUCUGAUCCUCGGACUUACCUGGAUCACCGGGUUCUUCUACGUAACCAAAGGUUCACAAGCUCUCGCCAUCAUCUUCACCAUCCUCAACUCACUGCAGGGCGUGGGCAUCUUUGUCACUAUGGUGUGUUUAAAUGAGAAGGUACUUGAGGCUGUAACAUCUAUCCCCGCCAUCAGGAGAGUCUUACGAUCGUUCAACUAUGGCAGCUACUGGUCAGAACAGUUCUUCAACAAUGCUAAGUUCGUGGGAGGAGCAACAGAUGGCAGCAAAGGUGUGACCUUCAUGGUGUACCAGCGGCUUCACCUGCCCCUCACUUUCCUUAAGUCCUGGUUCUUCUUUGAGGACGUCAUCUUCGCCAUGGCCUCCGACAUCACCCUGCCAGCCUCCAAUCACGCUACUGAUGGCGAUACUGUCAUUACCACACUUACCCAGGUUGCCUUCGAGGGGGAAUACGUGCUGGGGAAGGAAGGGGGAGAAGCUGGGGAUGGGCCACCACCAGGAGGACUCCCCGCCUGGCUCCACCACCGAGAUGUGGGCUACGUGUUCCUUCAUGACCAACAACACCCUCUCUUUACCCCCGCCCUUACUCACACCCACGAAAACAAGGAUCUUAAUGUGUUCAUUGCCUGGCUGGUCCAUGGGUUAUACCACCCAGGCAGGUCUCUUGACCUACGCUGUUCUGCCAGCCUCUAACCUCACCAAGACCCGGGCCUUCGCUGCUGACCCCGAGGUGGAAGUCAUCUCCCAGACGAGUGACCUACACGUCGUCUGCUACCAUCUCUCUCAGACGGUAGGGGCGGUGGUGGUGUCUAGUGGGCAGGUGGGGCCACUAGACCUCCAGAUAGAUGCCCCUUGCAUCCUCCUCUUCACCCUCACCUCCCACACCGCUGAUGCCAUCCAGCUUGACGUCACCCUGGCCGAUCCCUAGCAGGAAUAUGACGACAUCACCAUCAAGAUGCCAGUGGACGACCGCCAGAUGGAGCACAAGAUCCUAUUGCCAUCACCACCACACCGAGGCUCCAGUACCACCACCUCCCUCACAGUGUAACAUCCUAGGACUUACGAGCUCCUCAUACUAUUUAAAAGACCAAGAAAUAGUCAGAACUGAAAAAUUGCUGUUAAUAAAAUAAUGAAAGAUA